CAAAGAUGUAGCCAACGCGUGUCUCUCCCAGGACUGCCGGCGGUAUCGAGUCAAUCGGCCCAAAACUCUCCCUCAUGGCUGGCUGAAUACCUCUACGAGCCCGAAACACCCGUGAGGUGCGUGCUGGUCGUCCGGUCACCACUCGCGAUGGUGUUGCCUUUCGAGCCCGGCCAUGAAGGCUUCGUCAGUGAGUAUUUGCCGGUAAGAAAAUCCCGAAAGGAGUCUCCUUGAACCAAAAAAAGGGGGAGAGAUUUUCUCCGUAUCUGUGCCUCAUCCUUCACAGUCCGGUCUCGAUAGCAUGCGGAGUUGCCUUGCAGCGGCAGAAUGUCACUCACAGCACCCUACCUCUCCUUCUUAUCGCCAAGUCCCCCCAAGGCCGGAUUCUCCCCAUCGAUGCUCCUUCGUCGAGACGAACAGGUGUUCGGUUGUCAGGGCGUUUGCGAGGCUACAUGCGCUUUUGGAUAUACCUGCAAAGACUGGCGAAAUCUUUUCGUCCCACGUCUGAGGCGGGGAUGCAAAGCGGCCGAGGAGGAAAACAGAAGCACGCGGAGAAAAAAGGAGGAGCUCUGGAUAAAGGCAGGAGGUCAAGAAUGGACCGUCUGCUGACGCCGUUGAUGGUCGGAGGACAAGGACACACACUCUCGAGGUGUUACUGCGGAGACGUCCGUCAGGAAAGGUGCUGCCUCAUGGUGCAUGGCGAUGCUGGAGUGUCCACGAGAGUGCAUAGCAGAAAUACAGGGAGUGUGUCUCGAUAUUCACGCGAGCUGUACUGCUACUAUACACGACUUCUCACUCAGCUCAACUCUCCCAUGACUUCAAGUUUUGCUGAUCGACAAUGACGUCUGCAGCUGCACCUGGCUAGGAUCGCAUACAAGUGCAGGAACAUGCUCCCUAUUUCUGGAACCCCGUAAGCGAGUGUCGCCAUCCUCAUCCCUUCGAAUGUCCUCUCUGUCCGUAAUACGGACUCUCCUCACUGUGCAAACGUCAAGGGUGUCCUUUCUUGCGACCCCAUACAACCUUCCCGCAACCAGCGAAUGCUGACCAUUUUACAAGCUCCUCCUUGAACGGCCUCCACAGUGUCGACAUGUCCUUGGUAUCCUGGUAUCUCAACAGCCAACACAAUCCUUUGAGAGACGAGUUGGGAAGGACAAGGUUUUGAUAGAUUUUCUUUCCAUAGACUUCUUCGCUGGCAGAACUCUGAGAUUGAGUUGUCCUGAGAUAUUACAGCAAAGAGGAAGGGGAGGUUUCACGCUUUUUCCUUCUCCUUGAAGCUCUGACCGUGACUGGGGUGGUUGACGGAACACGAGAUCUCUCACUCAGCCAAAAGGCACCCAGAUUCAGCCUUGCCGUCAAUCGCCCUUGUCAAACCUUCGGAGGUUUUGUCCAAUUGGGCAGUUAGAACAGUGAACCCGGCACCCUGGACCAGUUGAGAGUUGACAAUGCCAUGCUUCCAAACGGGGGCGAGUCCAACGGAAACCCUUGCGGUCUCAGAGGAGUUAGUGAGAAGUCUACCUAGAUGUCAACGUGGAAGCGAGAUAGUAUCUGAAUAUUAGUACAGCACUCCGCAGGCAAAAGGAAAUUUUCGGAUGCUUCGACCUGCGGCACAGGACCUUCAGGAGCACCGGAAAAGAUCGAUCCCUGUGGACUUACGAAGGUAUGAGGCCUUUCAUACAGCCGCCAACGACACCUGCGAGGCUGUCAUUAGCAGCGAAACUUUUCUCCUCCCCGAAGCAAUCCUAUGACUUCAGAACUGG